AGUUGAUUUUCAUUUUCAAAUUCAGCUUUCCCCAAGCACUGCAACCCGCUCUCGUCUGCCUCGUCAUUGCAUGAUUUGGUUACCGCUUCGACAACUGCCUUGGGUGUGUAUACACUCUGGUGUUUUUGUUUUUUUCAGUUGGGGCCCCCUGCAACAGAUGUCCCCCAUUUGUUUCGAGACCUGGUUGUGGAUUGACAAAUACAUCGGGGGCCGUGCACGUACCUAUGUGGUUGUGCGUGAAAGUCUUCCACCACCACAACCGCCUCUACAGGACUAUACACAGUCUUAGACACUCGCACGUGGUAUGACGAGGCUCUGUUUACGGCGAGCCCUUUAUCGCCCCCGACCUCCGAUAGGGGCAAGGCAGCGAUGACGGAUCCAUGAAGCCCACGUGAACUUUGGUCGCGUGGUGCGAGUGGUGUCGAUCCGACUUGUCACGGCACUGUUAGAUGGCGGAAUUCACCCGUGGACCUUUUCGGAGUCUUGGACUUGAGGUUGAGCCACCGCUAUCACGUUGGUCAUCUCCGGAAAGUUGCGACAUUUACUCACCUGACCAGUCCGUCGUAUCUGUCGAGCGGCUAUUUAACAGCGCGAAGAGUGGGGACCAGGAGAAGACCUGCAGCAGACUCGCUCCCAGCCGCACUGAACAGCCGAGCGAAGUUUUACCUUCCACCAAUUGCGGUAAAUGUAAUUAAUUGAUAACUCAGCUUCAGCGCUCACACGCGAGUUAUCGAUCCAGUACAGAACAACAACUCUUAGAAUACUCAAUUCGUAACAAAAAUAACUGGUGGUUAGCGCACCGUGCUAAGAAACCGUUUUUUUUGUUGUUCACCGCAUCCAUAUAAAAAAAAAUUGCCCAUCGAUAGGUUGCGUGUGGUGGGGUAAAGUGUGGGCACUCAUAACCCUUGCAAGACGUUUGAGCAGCGUAGUUGAGGUUCUCUAGAUCUUCCUCCGGCGAGGGCGACAUACAUAUUCAAACAAACAUUUUUAACUUGCAUAGUAAAUUUUCUAUACAGCCAGAUAAUACGACAAAUCGCUAACCUUAAACACCCAGUCGGUCAUACAAGUUGAAGGCGGUAUAGUACUAUAGUAAUAGAGCAAGUGCAGAAUCACUGAACCAGAAUCGAUAGCUUUAAAGCAUUUAGCGCGGGGCCCUUGAAAGUGCGGGGCCCGUAGCUACUACUUAUGCAGCUACUUUUGCUACUUGGAUAAUCCGGCACUUGGGCGACUCCACCUGCAGUUGCAGGGCUGCACCUCUACCCUAUACGCACGCGGGUGGCGUCGAUCCCGCUCGGUUGCUCUUGACGCCGCGAUGCCGACGAAGAUGCCGGUGACGAUGUUGGUGGCGGCGAUGUUGGUGGCGGCUCCUGCUGCUGCUGCUGCCUCCUCGAGGUCUCUGGACGUCGAGGGAGAGCUGCCACUCAGCGCCCAGGCCAGCGAGGGAGACCUGCAGCUGUCGUGGGGCUUCGACGCCGACCGCAUCGUCAUGGAGGUCCGGGUCCGCACCCUCGGCUGGGUGGCCGUGGGCUUCAGCCCCACGGGGAGCAUGGCGGGCUCGGACGUGGCGCUGGGAUGGGUGGACGGCACGGGGGCUGCCCACUUCAUGGACGGCCACGUGAUUGACCGUGAGGUGCUGCGCGAUGCCAGCCAGGACUACUCGGCCGUGUGGCUCCGGGAGAACGGCACGCACACGCACAUGCGGCUGCAGCGGCCCCUCAGGACGUGCGACGCGCACGACAUGGAGCUCAACGAGGACACGAUCCGCGUGGUCUGGGCCUACGGAGCGAAGGACCCGGCGAGCGAGGCCGACAUUCCGUACCACGGCCCGACCACUCGGGGCUCCAUGAGCGUCCAGCUGCUGGGGCACGGACCUCCGUCCGAGCAGCCGCUCCCCUCCCAGCACGCCCACUUCGACGUCAAUUACGACAAGUUCGAGAUCCCAGCGCAGUCGACCUUUUACCAGUGUGAGAUCUUCCCGGUGCCGAAACUCGACCGCAAGCAUCACCUGAUCAAGGUGGUGCCGCGGCUGCAGGCCAACAACGAGGCCUUCGUGCACCACAUCCUGGUGUACACGUGCUCGGCGAACGCGAACGCGUCCCACGUUGGAGCCAGCCAUGAGUGCAACCACCCCAACAUGCCCGACUCCUUCACCCACUGCUUCGGCGGCAUCAUGGCCGGCUGGGCCGUGGGCGGCGGCACGUUCGACUACCCCCCUGAGGCGGGCUUCUCCCUGGGCACGCAAGGGGACCCCCAGUUCGUGAUGCUGGAGACCCACUACGACAACCCAGCCAAGCUGGCAGGCGUGACGGACAGCUCGGGCCUGCGCUUCUACAUCACGUCCGAGCUGCGUGCGUACGACUCGGGGAUGCUGGAGGCUCGACAGAGCGGAGAGAUCCAGGUCUUUGCCACGAUCUUGCACGCACACCUGAUAGGAGCGGCGAUGCAGGUGCGGCACUUCAGGCAAGGCAAGCAGAUCGGCCACCUCGGCAGGGACAUGGGGUACGACUUCAACUACCAAGAGGCCCGCUAUCUGAAGGAGCUCACCUCUGUCCUGCCCGGCGAUGAACUUGUCACGGAGUGCACCUACAGAAGCACGAGCCGCUCACACACCACCACGGGUGGCCUCUCCACGCAGGACGAGAUGUGCAUCGCCUUCAUCUACUACUACCCACGGGUGAACGUCUCCCGGUGCCUCAGCCUCUACGACAUGGCCGCCGUGGCCCCCUCGCUGGGAUUCACCGUGACCCCCGAGUUCCCGUACAUGGUGCUCAGCCCCCCGGAGGCACAGGGUGUCCCUGUCUUCCUGCUCUACGACCGAGUCAACUGGACCGAAUCCACGGUGCGCGGCGCGGAGGCGGCCGCCCGAGACAUGGAGCAUCUCGCGAUCCACGUGGGAGAGCACAGCUCCAGUGCCUUUCCGGCCCAGCACGUUCCCAAGAUCCCCAAGGAUCCCGAAGCGCCGCCCUGCGUCCCAAGGGAGCCGCCGCCAAACGCAGGGGCCCGGCCGUCACUUGUGCCGGCCCUUCUGGCUGUGCCGCUCGCCCUCGUGGCGUUCACAUAUUGUGAGAUAGACUUCUUCCCAAGACACAUCCUGGUCUUCUUCGCUACCCCCAGAGGUGGCAACUCUCGGUGUGGCUCGGGUGUGAAUAAAGCAACUGAUUAAAGCGACCUUCGCAUGUGUAACGUGUAUGUUUUAUUUGUGGCCUUUCUGCCACGGUGGUUGGUGCACUGCUCGAUGUGAGAGAUUAAAAUCAAUACGCAGAUGGGAUGACACGGAGCGACAGGUAUAGCAAGGGGGCGCGUUGUGUCCGAAGUGAUGUAACAAGAAAGUCACAUUUCAGGAAUAGGCCCUGUUUCUUAUGCGCUACAGAAGAGCCUAUUGCCGCAUGACACGUCACCCUGUCAUUAAUGUCUCUCUGUUACAGGGCGCUAGUUCAGGGAGUGGUGAAUUUGUUGUUGAUUGAGUGGCUCGGUGGUGUUCGGCCUUGACUUUGCAUGCAUCCCACAAUUCCGUAUUGCUGAAAAAUGGGUUGGUCCUUAACAUUACAUGUAUCCCACAAUUCCGCCCAGCUGGACAAUGGGCUGGUGGUGCCAGGUGCUGUGGGUAUCCACCGCUGUUACCCAGAACAGCCGGCGUGACCGUGAGCGCGCCCGCAGUGGGAUUGUUCAGGGUCCGCGUGGAUCGGAGGUCGGAGUUGCUUUUGUUUUUCCUCUCGCGUAGCGCGGUGGUGUCCCUGUGGGUGGCGGGUGAGACGGCGUGGGGACAGCGCCGGGACCCUCCCGGUUGGAGUGGACUUCAGCGUCCCCCGACACCACCGUCCUCACGGCGGCGUUCCACUGUGGGUCUACAAUCUUUGCAUGGCGUUGCUGGGCCAGGGGGAAGAGUGACGCUCUGCAGCAGAGGGGACGAGCGCUGCUGUUUUGCGCUGCGCGAGUGUUCGAGCGGUGCUCCCCCCCCCUUCCCUUCCCCAAAAAGCACGGUUGGCUACGUACAGUGCCAAAGAAGUUCUACAUACAUACACACUACUGUACACUACACUACACACUACAAUAUUAUACACUACACCACUAUGCUAAAUUCAAAACUGAUUUGUUUAGAACUGCUUGUUGUGCUUAGUUUGUUGUACUUCCACCGCACCUCCAAUUAGCACGGUUGGCUACGUAUGGUGCGAAAUAAAUUCAACGUAAUGCGUACAUUCAAGUUACUCUUACUCGACGGUUACUGCGCGUGUUUCUAGCCGUGACGUGUGCACAUCCUCGACCCGCACGUGCGCCCACGUGCUGGAGGUGUCUCUUUAACACGCAGGAUUGCAAAUGUCGUGGGUUUUUACUCUCCAGCACACAAUCGGUGUACUGGAGGAAUAACGAAUUGGCACGUUUUAUUUACGUGACAGACCUUACUCAUUGGCUGUGUCGGGUGGUGGUGGGUUUUACGACACAUGUCUACUUACGCGAUCUAACCCAAAAACACCUUUAUCGUGGACGUAGGCGUCUCUAUACGGUACACGUGGCAUGCCUUCCUGCACACAUCGCAGUAGUUAUCAGCAUGCACGGAUGCUCCUCCAGCAGAGUAUGACCCCUCAUCAUUCUUUGCAAAGCGAUUUUCUGCUGAUCCCAAUGAGCAGCGAGAUAUUGGUGCUCACCUCCCGUUUACGGGCCUGCAGAGUGGUGGACAUUCCACAUUCCCAAUGCAGUGGCCAGUCUCUCUUGAGGACACAUUUCACGACGCAAUUAUAUAUUUGCGCGAUCUAACCUGAUGACGGACGCUUGUGUUGCGCCCGAAACGUCGUGAUUUAUUUUAUUUCUACCUAUGUUAUCCUGCAGUCACGAAAGCUUCAAAUCAAGAUUGACUAACCUCUAUAUGGGGAGUGUGGCACAUUAGGAAUGAAUCACUCUUUUAAGUAUGUCCUUGUGCAGCAAGGGAGUAAAGUGUGGUUCUGUGAAAGUCCUGAUGUGCUGUGCAGUGCAUCAACGCAUGUGUGUACAGCAGCAUGUGAUGACUGAGUCGGGCCUGUAGGUGGCUGGCAGGGUUAUUGAAUGACCACGCGGAUAUACCAGUCACAUGGUUAAUGGCGGCUCGGGAGCAAGGCUGGUUGUAACACACGUGUUGUUGCAUUUUACAGGUAAAGGACCCAAACAUUUUUGAUCGUUAUAUAAAUGUUCUAGACUUGUUCUAGACUUGUUCUAGACUUUAAGCUUGGCUUUGAAUUGUUCGUUUGUGAUAUAUGCAAUUAGAGGCGUUUUAGCACUGUGCAUUGUAAAGGGAUGACGCACUGUAAUUAGUUACUGUCAUUGUAAUUCUCUAACUCUAAUACUGUUUAGUCUAUAACCAUGCCCAUGUACCCAGAGUAUGACUACUUGCAAUGCUAUUGAGAAUAGAACACAUGUAAAGUAGUAAGCUGUACAAUAGUGAUAUACAGUACGUAUACUGUACACAUACAGUACAUAUAAUGGGUGUAAGAUACGGAUAUAAGUGGAU